AUGGUUGCAGCUGCUCCAGCAUCUGGUACGCCAUUGGUGCUUGAAAACACUUCCAAAAGAGAUGCUUUAAUCGAAAUUGAAAAAAAGUAUCAAAAGAAAUGGCAAGAAGACAAGGUCUUUGAAGUCGAUGCGCCAACCAUCGAACAAUACGAAGCUGAAAUCGAAGGUGAUACUCUCCGUGACUCCAACCCAAAGUAUUUUGCCUCUAUGGCUUAUCCUUACAUGAAUGGUCGUUUACAUCUUGGUCACGGUUUCACUUUAUCCAAGGCUGAAUUCACCACUGGUUUCCAAAGAAUGAACUACAAGGAAGGCUCAACUCCAAGAAGAGCUUUGUUCCCAUUGGGUUUCCACUGUACUGGUAUGCCAAUUAAAUCUGCUGCCGAUAAGAUUGCUAGAGAACUUGAAAUGUUUGGUCAAAACUUUGAAAAAUUCUUUGAAGAGCAAGAAUCAGAAACACAAACCGAAAAGAAGGAAGAAGUUACCAAAGCCAACGAAGAUGUCUCCAAGUUCAAGGCUAAGAAGGCCAAGGCAGUUCAAAAGCAAGGUGGGAAAAAAUACCAAUUCCAAAUCAUUCAACAAUUAGAUGUUCCUUUGGAAGAAAUUCAUAAGUUUGCCGAUCCAAUGUACUGGUUAUACUACUUCCCACCACACACUCAGUCUGAUGUUGUUAACUUUGGUGGUAGAGUUGAUUGGAGAAGAUCUAUGAUCACCACUGACGUCAACCCAUACUAUGAUUCUUUUAUCAGAUGGUCCAUCAACAAAAUGAGAGAUUUGGGUAAGAUCAAGUUUGGGGAAAGAUACACUAUUUACUCUGAAAAGGAUGGUCAAGCUUGUAUGGAUCACGACAGACAAAGUGGUGAAGGUGUUGGUCCACAAGAAUAUACAGGUAUCAAGAUUGAAUUGAUGGAGUAUAAUGACGAAGUUUCCGCUGUCUUUAAAGAAAACAACUUUGAUGUUGCUGGUAAAAAGGUUUUCCUUGUUGCUGCCACUUUAAGACCAGAAACUAUGUACGGUCAAACUUGUUGUUUUGUUUCUCCAAAGAUUGAUUAUGGUUUGUUCGACGCUGGUAAUGGUGAAUAUUUCAUCACCACUGAAAGAGCUUUCAAAAACAUGUGUUACCAAAAAUUGACUCCUAAGCGUGGUUUCCACACUCCAGUCUUGUCUAUCAACGGUAAGGCUUUGAUUGGUUCUAAGAUUCAUGCUCCAUUAGCCAUUCACAAGGAAUUGAGAGUGUUGCCAAUGGAAACUAUUUUGCCAAACAAGGGUACUGGUGUGGUUACUUGUGUCCCAUCUGACUCCCCAGAUGAUUAUGUCACCAUGAAGGACUUGUUCAACAAAUCCGAAUAUUACAAGAUUGAUCAAUCAUGGGCUGAUGUUGAAGCUAUUCCAGUUAUCAACACCGAAAAAUAUGGUGAUCUUACCGCCAAGACUCUUGUUGAACAAUUGAAGAUUCAAUCUCCAAAGGAUGCUGUUCAAUUGGCCAAGGCCAAGGAAGCCGCCUACAAGGAAGGUUAUUUCAAUGGUAAGAUGAUCAUCGGUAGCUACAUUGGUGAAAAAGUUGAAUCCGCCAAGCCAAAGGUUAAGGCUGACUUGAUUGCUUCUGGUGAAGCAUUUGUUUAUAAUGAACCAGAAAGUUUGGUUAUGUCCAGAAGUAACGAUGAAUGUAUUGUUUCUUUGGAAGAUCAAUGGUACGUUGAUUAUGGUGAAGAAAACUGGAAAGCCAGAGCCUUGGAAGCUUUGCACGGUAUGAGAACCUUCAGUGCUGAAACCACUCAUGGUUUCGAAGGUGUCUUGGAUUGGUUAAAGAACUGGGCUUUGACCAGAUCUUAUGGUUUGGGUACUAGAUUGCCUUGGGAUGAAUCCUUGUUGAUUGAAUCUUUGUCGGACUCUACUAUUUACCAAGCAUUCUACACUUUGGCUCACAUGUUGCACUCUGACUUUUACGGUAAGGAACCAGGCCUUUUGAAUAUUAAGCCUGAGCAAAUGACCGAAGAUGUCUGGGAAUACAUUUUCUUGAGAAAAGAAAACAUUGAAACUGAUAUUCCACUCAAGAAAUUACAAAUCAUGAGAAGAGAAUUCGAAUUCUUCUACCCGUUGGAUGAAUCUAUUUCUGGUAAGGAUUUGAUUCCAAACCAUUUGACUUUCUGGAUUUACACCAACGUUGCUAUCUACCCAAAGAAAUUCUGGCCAGGUGGUGUUAGAGCUAACGGUCACUUAUUGUUGAACAAUGCCAAGAUGUCUAAGUCUACCGGUAACUUCUACACUUUGCAACAAAUUGUCGAUAAGUAUGGUGCUGAUGCUUCUAGAAUUGCCUUGGCUGAUUCUGGUGACUCUAUUGAAGAUGCCAACUUUGAUGAACAAAAUGCUUCUGCUGCCAUUUUGCGUUUAUUCACUCUCAAGGAAUGGGCCGAAGAUAUUGUCAAGAAUGUCGACAAUUUGCGUAAUGGUCCAAUCCAAGAGAACUUUUUUGACUUGGCUUUUGAAAACGAAAUGAACGCUUUGAUCGAAGAAUGUUACAAGAAUUACGAUGAAACAAAUUACAAAUUCGCUUUGAAAGCCGGUUUGUUCGAUUUCCAAAGUGCCAGAGAUUAUUAUGUUGAUAUUUGUGGUGGUGUUAAGAACGUUCACCGUGAUUUGAUUUUGCGUUACAUUAAGGCUCAAAGUUUGUUGUUGGCUCCAAUUGCCCCACAUAUUGCUGAAUACAUUGUUCAUGAAAUUUUAGGUGAAAAGGAUCUCACCGUUCACUCGAUUGCCUUCCCAAGAGCUACCAAACCAGUCGACAUCGCUCUUUCUGAUGCCUUGGAAUACAUCCGUUCCUUAGCUAGAUCUAUUAGAGAAACUGAAUUGAAUGCUUUGAAACCUAAAAAGGGGAAGAAUGCUAAAAACUUGGACAUUAACAAGUCAGUUAACAUCACCUUAUACAUUGCUUUGACCUUCCCAGAAUGGCAAGACAAAUACUUAACCAUUGUUCGCGAAUUAUUCGAAGCCCACACUUUGGAUGAUAACAAGGUUGUCAAGACCAAGAUUGAAGGCAAAGACAUGAAGAAGGUCAUGCCAUUUGUGUCUGGUAUUAAGGCCAGAUUGACCAAGGAAAGUCCUGAAAUAGUUUUCAACAGAAAAUUAACUUUUGAUGAAUUGGAAAUUGUUAAGACCUGUUUGAACAUUUUGAAGAUUUGUACCGCGAAGGUCACCGUCAAUGAUCUUAAUGUUAUCACAUUCAACAAUGGUGAGGACAAGGGUAAGAAUCUCGCUACUGGUGAAGAAGUGGAGCUUCCAAAGGUCAAGGCCAUUGAAGCUGCUGUUCCAGGCCAACCAGGUAUUGUUAUUGACAAUGUCUAA